AAUAAAUAAUAAAAAAAAAAUUUAUUCCCUUUCCUCGAAAAAAAAAUGUAGGAACCCGAGAAGGGAAUACGGUGAAGCGGUAUGGAAACAAUGGUGGUGUUCUAAACUUUCCCCUUUUCUCCGAAACCACCAUUUACGACCCUAUCUUCUGCGGAAGUCUUCUCCAAACAGGGUUUCUUUUUCAAACACACACACACGCACCCUCAAUUCGUCUUCUUCUCCGAGGACUACAACCCCCAAAGCAACAGUCUCUUUCUGCAAAAACCUUUCUCUGGACGCUCUGGACACUGCUGUCAGAUAUGGAUCAAAGAAAGCUUAUGGCAUACAUAAUCAUAAGGACCUGGCACUUGCAUAUGAUGGGAUUGUUCUUGAUGAUGAUGUUGUGGAUGAUUAGGAGAAAGCGUAAUAGGAGAAGGCAUACUAGAAGGUAUUUGCUUAGGAAUCGAACUUUUGAUAGGCAUGAGACUCGACUUAGUUAUUUAGAUAAUAUAAUAGGCAAUAGUGAUGUUGAAUGUAUUAAUCAACUGGGAAUGGAUAGAAGAACUUUUGGAAUAUUAUGUGAGCUACUUCAUACGGAUGGAAGAGUGAAAAAUGAUGGUUUAGUACGAUUGGAGGAGCAAGUAUGUAUAUUUUUGCAUAUUCUUACCCACCAUGUAAAAAAUCGUACAAUUAAUUCUAGAUUUAAGAGGUCGGGAGAAACAAUUAGUAGAUAUUUUAAUUCUGUUUUACAUGGUGUGCUAAGACUGCAUGGUAGACUACUCCUUGUGCCAGAACCUGUUUCAGACAAUUGUACUGACGAUAGAUGGAAAUGCUUUAAGAAUUGCUUAGGAGCAUUGAAUGGUACUUAUAUUAAGGUCCGUGUGUUUGAAAGUGACAAACCAAGAUAUCGAACUGGUAAUGGAGAAAUUGCAACCAAUGUCUUGGGUGUUUGUUCACGUGACAUGAAGUUUAUAUUUGUGUUACCGGGGUGGGAGGGGUCUGCAUCUGAUUCUAUAGUACUUCAAGAUGCAAUAACUAGGCCAAAUGGAUUUAAAGUUCCCACAGGAAUGGAUAUUGAACAAAAUACUCAAUUGAAAGGAACAAGGAGAUCAUGGAACAAGAUUGAAGAAGAGGCAUUAUUAACAAUUCUUGAAGAUGUAGUGUCACGUGGUGGUAAAUGUGACAAUGGUUCUUUUAAACCUGGAACCAUAAAUCAGAUAGAGAAAGCAUUACAAGAAUCAUGUCCUAAUUCUGGAUUAAAAGCUACUCCUCACAUAGAUUCAAAGAUGAGGAAAUGGAAGAAAUAUUAUGGACUCAUAUGUGACAUGAUGAACAGGAGUGGUUUUGUAUGGAACGAUGUUAGAAAAUGUAUUGAAGUUGACAGUGAGGAGGCAUGGCUAACUUAUGUCCAGCACAAUAAGGAUGCUAGGGGAUGGAGGGGGAAGCCUUUCCCUAUCUUUGAUCGGCUGGCUAACAUACUUGGAAAAGACAGAGCAACCGGUAGAGGAGCAGAAACUCCGGUUGAAAUGGCUAAAGAGCUUGACCGGGAAGAGGAAAAUAUGAAGGAAAAUAUGAAUGAUGGUGAUGAGAGUUCACCAGUGUCUGUUCAUAAUCAAAACAGGUCAACUGCCACCUCGUCUCAUACUAAGAAGAGAAAUAGAUCAGCUGACAAUAUUGAUGACAUUGCAAUGGCAUCAUUUCAACAAAUGUUUGAAAAAAGUAUCGAGCACUUAAGUGUAAUUACUGAAAAGCUUGUGAAAGGGAAUGAAGACCGCUCUGACAUUUCAGCUGAGUUGAGUACGAUGGGUUUAUCUGAAGAUGACCAUCUUGAUGUUUUUCAAACAAUAAUAGAUAAACCUCAAUAUGUAUCAACAUUCAAGUCUCUUAAAGGUGAUCUUAAAGAGAGAUUUGUUAAGAAACUACUUAAACAAAUCAGGGGUGAUUGAGAGAAUUGUGUAGCCAUGCCCAUUAGAAAUUUAAUUAUGUACUAGGUUAGGUUGUAGGUAUAAAUGGUACGUUUAAACUUUGUCCGCUUUGUAGUAUGUUGAUUAUAAUGUUAUGAAUUAUGUUUCUGGUGUCUUGAUAGUGAA